AUGGGUGUUCGUGGUUUAACUACGUACGUAAAUAACAAUCAAGAUGUGUUUAUGAAAAGACAUUAUUUACACGACACAAAUCUUGUUAUAGACGGUCACAGUUUGUGCGCUCAGUUAUACAGAUUGAUGAAUAGCUUUUCAGCAUUCGGUGGAGAUUACGACAAAUUCGCUUCUUCUACAAGAACAUUCUUUAAAAACUUACGCAAAUGCAAUGUUACUCCGUAUGUUAUUUUCGACGGUUGUCACGAAACAAAAAAAUUAAGAACUGUUUUUAAUCGUUUGAAAUCAAAAUUAAGCAGUACGUCUCGACUGGAUCCUGUGACACAGGACAGCUUACAAAUUUUCCCCUUUCUACUCAGAGAUGUCUUGAGAGAAGUGUUAAGUGACCUGCAAGUAAAUUACACAAUUUGUGAGUUUGAAGCUGAUGACGAUAUAGCGUCAUUAGCAAGACAUAUGAACUGUCCAGUGUUGAGCUACGACUCGGAUUUUUUUAUAUACAAUGUGUUAUAUAUACCUUUUAAUACAUUAGACUUAAAACCAAAACCACUAGAAGAAAAUGGUAUAAAGUUGCAUGCGAUGGAGUGCAAAAUUUUCAAGGUUCAGUAUCUAUGUGAGCAUUUUGGUGGCCUCAAUGAGGAACUACUACCUCUACUAGCAACGUUACUUGGUAAUGACUAUGUAGAGAAAAAAGUAUUUCGAAAGUUCUUUUCCCAGUUGAAAUUGUGUAAAAGUAAGAAAAAGAAAAAUGAACAGCAAAGGAGCAUACAUACUCUGUUUAAUUGGUUACAAAAUGAAACACUCGAUUCAGCCAUUGCAAAGAUCAUAGGAAGACUCAAGAAACACCAAAAGGAUAAGGUUUUUGCUACUAUUAAAAAAAGUGUUGAAGGCUACAACAACAAUAAUUGUCAGUCAUUAAAAUAUUUCAAUAUACCGGAAUACAAUACUGCUUUUAAAAAAAGUCUUGAAAUGCCUACUGUUGAGGAGGAAAAUAAUAAUUCUGACGAUGAUACUACUGAUGUGUCAGUGAAUUCUGAUGAAGAUGACGAAGAUUCACAGGAUGAUGACGAAACAAUCUUUGAAGAACAAUUCGAACUAAUUCCUACAUGGUUUGCUGAGAAAAUUCGUUGCAAUAAAAUACCUUGUGUCUACCUAAAUCUUUAUGCUCAUCACUUACACUUUUGUAAUCCACAGCCUGAAGAUUUUACAGAUAAAGAUUGUUUUCUUGGCGUUUUGCCCAUAUUAAGAUAUGCAUUUGAUAUUCUAACUGAUUUCGCUCAUGAGAACUGUUUGUAUGUUUGCAGAGAAAAUUGUUGUUAUAAAAGAUUAAAAGUCGGUAGAGAAUAUUCAAUACCAAGAUAUAUAGAAGUAUCUUUCAAAGAAAUGAAUGAUGAGCAAUUGAAAUCAUGUUUUACACAUUUUCUUGAUCUGAAACUUCCAAAUUUGGACAUGUCAUUGAUAGAAGUGUUACCAUCAAAUUUUCAGCUCUUUAUGGUAUCUUUGCUUUGGUGGAUAUCGACCUGCAAUGUACCUGAUGCCCACGUUCACUCUUUGAUUAUGUCAUACAUAACAUUAGAGGUCAUCGAUGAAAAAACUGGAACAGCUCGAGGGCAUUACCUUUUCAACAAUAGAUACGCUAAAAAACUUGAGGAAAUAAAGAAAAACAAAUCUUCAUACAUAGUUGAUGAAGAUAAACUAUUUCUUAAUAAAAAUAAAGUACAAUAUGACGACUGCCUCAUUGCAGCAAGUGUAAUUUUAAAACUUUUUGAAAUUGAUGACUCUAUACGGAAAAGGCCUAAAAGUUAUGACAUUAAGAAAAUACAUUCAUUUGCCCAGUUUCAGUGUGUUCUACAUCAAAUGAAUUCCUUAAACAGCCUAUGUUCUACACCAUUUGAAACAACAACUUAUUCUAAAUGUUACAAUGGCAUAUUGAUUUAUAAUAUAGCCUUGAAGUUGGAAAAACAUGCAGAUCCUUUAAGUUUUUUUAAUGAUUACAUAAAAGGUGCUACUACUGUAUUAUUGUUUUAUAAAAGUAUAUGUACGGUUUAUAAGAAGUUGUUAGAUCAAAUGAAUUUGUCAACAGUGCAAUGGUCUAAAAAGAAACGAAGGAGCAGGGGUAAAAAGGAUUUAAAUAAUGAUAUAAAUUUUAUUGUUAAAGGUUUUGAAUCUGAUGUUAUAAUAUAAUAUUUACAUGAA